AUUCCUAUAGUUACCCCCUUUUGUUGUCCAAAUUUGAUGUGUGUGAUGGAGAUUUUAAUUUGUGCAUGUGUCCUCAAAUUAGUUUCUUGUUCCUUUGUUCAUGUUCAUGCUCAAAUUCAUCUCUUUAUUUUUUCACAUGUUCUUUUCUUGUUUUAAUUUUUCACAAUUUCAUGAGUUUUCACGAGUUUUCCCAUAUAUUCAUCUCCAUAUUUUCCCCCCUGUUCUUCACCAGUUUGAUUUGCUAUGGAAUCUUCUUCACACCUCACUUUUUCACAACACAAACACUAUCUGUCACUAAUUAAUUACAUUAAUGAUCGGUAAUUAAUUAAUAAAUUAUUAAUGUUUCCUAACCAAUACUCAUGGAGCAUUUUGCAAAGGGUGAAAAAGUAAUUCGUUUGUUCAAUAUGGAACAUUUUCUCACUUAUCAAAUAUCAAACACACCUGUUCUCAAAUGUUGUAUGGGCCAUUGUGUCAAACGCCCUUAUAUUUUCUCACUUAUCAAACCCACAAAAAAAAAAGAUUUUCUAAGAAACUUAGAAACUAUUCUCAACUGUUUUCUGGAUAUUAUCAAAUGGAUGUGGCUUCUGACCCCAGAAUUGGGCUGAUGCGGUUGCUUUGGUGGCAAGAAGCCAUCGACAAGAUCUUCUCCAACAAGUUAAUCGAGCAUCCAGUAGCGCAGGCGCUUGCUUCCAUGGCAUCCCAAAACAAAGCUAACAAGAUCUGGUUGAAGAGAUCAGUCGAAGCUAGGAUCACUGAUGCCCGAAGAGAGCCUGCUGAUAUUCCACAAACCAUGGAAGAAUUAGAAAGAUAUGGUGAGGACACCAUGUCAACCAUCUUAUACUCCACGCUUGAAGCAAGCGGUAUUAAGUCCACUGCAGCAGACCAUGCUGCGUCACACAUCGGGAAGGCAAGUGGCCUCGCAUUGCUUAUCAAAUCCUUGCCGUAUCAUGCCAGCCGGAACCGCCACUUUUCUUACAUACCCGCUGAGAUCGCAGAGAAACACGGGUUGCUGGUGAAUCAGAGUGGACAAUCCGAAAUUCGUAUGGAUUCUCGCGAGGAGCUGUGCAAUGCUGUAUUUGAGAUGGCAUCUGUAGCCAAUGCGCAUAUGCAGAAAGCUCGUGCGUUGGCUAAGACAGUGCCCCGUGAGGCUCAUCCGGUACUGCUUCCUGCUGUGCCAACGCAGGUGAUCCUCGAUUCUUUAAGCCGUGUGCAGUUUGAUGUGUUUGAUCCAAGAUUGGCACAAGGUGUGUUGGGGGUUUCUCCUUUGUGGUAUCAGUUGAAACUCAAGUGGUUUUCAUGGAGAGGGAAAUACUGAGAGCUGUCCAGUUUUGUGAAUUGGGAUGGCUUUUCUCCAAAUUAAUUCUAUCUUAACAUGAAUAAUUAAUUGUGGAAUUUUUUAUGACUAUACCAAGACCAUUUUUCUUUUUGUUGAACAUGAUCCACAUAUUUUCAAUAAGCCCACAUUGUAUCAUUUGCAGUAUAUGGAAUUGUUUGGUGUCUGAUUAAAAUU